GACUGGGAGUGCUUCAAAGUCUACGAUUCCAUGGAGUUCGAGGAUGACGAGACAACGACACAGGAACACCAGUUCCGGGCGGAGGGAACUCUCGAUGCUGCGGCUACGGAGGCUCUUGUGGGACACUUCCAUCAGCCGGGUGCCCCUGCCAGCUCGAGCUACAAGGUGGGACCAGUGCAGCCUGCCAGGCCGCUGCCGACACCACCGAGCACCCCCGGUGGGCCGGGGGAUGGAGGGCAAAAUCCAAUCCCAAAGGGCAAGGGCAAAGGCAAGGCGCCCUCACUUCGAAAGGCCGCUACAUCCAAGCUUAGCCAGAUUUCUUCGAAGUUGGCUGAAGCACGAGUUCUGGCUGCCGAUCUGCCUACUGCCUCGCAGUUGCCCCUCACCUACAAAGACAGGUCCGAGAAGAUGAAGGAGGGCUACGAGCAGGAGCUCUCCGAGGGCAAGAAGGCAGUGGAGGAUGCUAGAGCACAGCUCGAAUCAUGGUACUCCCGCAAGCUUGAGGAUUCGGAGAUUGUGGGCGAGGAGAGAAACGUGUACGACCAGGUCAUUCGGGCCGUGGACAGUGCAUUUGUGGUGCUUGCCGGGAAGAUGAAAGCUGUGAAAUCCGCAACGGCACCCCCGAAAGAAAGCAAGGCGAAGGCCAAGGCCAAGGCUGCCAGGAGUUUUGGCACCAAUUGUGCCAUGGUCUUUCAAGCAGCCAGGAUGCCAAACCUUUCAAAACCGAAGCUGCCGCAGCUGAAGCGCCGUCGCUCUUUGAGCACUCCUUUGCACGCCUAUGUCAUGAGGUACACAAAGGCCGUCCCAGACACCACCCAUCCCAACAUCAUGCCCGAAACAUCAGAUCAAGAUUCAAUUUGCAGUGAAGUUGGCUAUCCCACAUGUGAAGUACUCUUGAAUGGAACUUCGUUUGUGGGCGCCCGGGAGAUGCUGGAGGCUGUGAACGCCGAGUUUAAGGGCUAUGGCAUGGAGCUGGGUGGGGCUGCAGGUGAGUUGAUCUCGACUUCAGGGAAGUGGUCUAGCAAUGUCCAGCGGGAUAUGCUCCGAAAGUGCAAAACUGCCAAGGUUGCUGCUGCAUCCGAGGUUCCGGUUACAAAGUUGCAGGUCCCGGUGAUCACAAAGGGUGUGCUGAUGAAGCGGCAACUUCCUGUGGUGCUACCACAUGAAUUGUUUCCUUGGCUGGUGCGACAUGGCAUUAUCCCACUGAAUGACACGGAUGAGAUUAGAAAGUUCUGGUCGCACGCUAGAACGGCAGGGAUGCCGACAAUGGGGGCCACAGACUACCAUAUCCCUUUAUACCUCUGGGGAGAUGAUGCCCGGUUUACAGAGACACAUGAGGAUAAGCUUGUGGUGGUGGCCUUUGGGAGGGUGCUUGAGACUUCCAAGAAUGCCCUCCGCAGUGUCUGGCCACUGUUUGUGUAUCAGCAGGUGGUCAAGUCCUUCAACAUCCUCUUCGAGCAGGGUGUUGUGGUACAGACUCCCAAUGGCGACAUGAAAC